AUGUCUGGACAUACCACCACCACCACGAUGGACACAAUGGACACAAUCUACUCCACCAUCAUCGUCCAACGCGCCCCUUCAACCUUUCAAACCUCCCUCCUCCCAACCAUGACCUCCACCACCAGCAGCAGCAGCAGCAGCAGCAGCGACUUCAUGAUCAAAGCAGCCGCAGCAACUCCCGAGGAGAAGAAGACAACCACCCGUCUCACCGAAUCCAAAACUGCUGCCGCCCCUACAAUCACCGUCUUCAAGACCAACACCACCCAAACCUCCGAGCUCGCACGACUCCAAACCGAAAAGCACGAAUGGCAACACCUCCAUCUCGCCCUCGGACUCACCAUCAUGGCGCUCGUGCUCUUGAUUGCAUUUUAUGUCGGAGUGAAGGCGUUUUGCUGUUAUAGGAGGAAGAAGGCGAAGGUUGUCGCUGGGGCUGCGGAGAGGGCUUGGCCGGGGGGUAAGGAGCGUGGGGGUCGCGUGGGCAAGGUUGCUGGGAGGGUCGCUGGGUUUCUCUAA